UGGGAGAUUCUCCUCUGCUGCCGCUACAUACCCUUCAUUAUUGUCUGUCGUCGCACAGGUGCAUAGCACACGCUUGCCUGCCUCCAGCUGGCUGGAUUAGUCCAAAACUCGCGGUGUAUUUCGGCCCAGCGCAUUCCAUUGCGACUUAGAAUCGAAGGACGGGAGGCUCUUUCGGCUUGCGCAGGGCCGAGCGUCUACUCAGCCUGUGCUCGCCGUUAACGCUGGUCUCCCGGUGCGUGGCCGCGACAUCACGACGGAACAACAGUACCACAGGUUUGAGCGAGACGUCAAAGUGGUGUGCUUAGUCCCGGCGUGCUACGCUGGUCCGAGUCAUUACACAGUCUUUCACCAAGUCUUUAAACCGUGCGCGCGCACGAACUGCAGAUUCGUCAUUAACUCUCUUCUAUCACGAACAUUAACGAAGGCUAAUGUCAUCGCCUACGCCGCCUCCCCCUCCUCCCCAUGGCCAGCCUCAGUCGCAUGCUCAUACCAGCACAUCUGAAGUACUAUCCCACACGCCUCCCGUCUCUUCUCCCUUGAAUCCAUCCGGACAUUCCUCGCCUUCCCCCAAUGCAACUCCCACACAGAAACCGCUUCCUCUCCCGCCGACAGCCCACCCAUCUGGGUCAUCAACCUCUCUUCCGGCACAGAUUAGCGGUCCUCCGUUACGUGGUCGGCCCAGGGGGACCUCUAUCUCAACGGUCCGUAACCCCUCCCCGAACCGAGGCUUAGCAUUCCCGUCUCUCGAACGCGUCGCGUCCCAACCGUCCCAGCACCAGCAUUUCCCCACCUCUCUCGCGUCGUCUGCAUCCUCGCUCGCGCCCAUAGACCAUGAGCGCGCGCGCUCUGCGUCAAUCACCGUCGCAUCUCUGCGGCAUCAUCCGGCGUCCUCGCGCUCGCCU